AUGUUUGGGAAAUCUUACCAGCGUCUUUCUCAGACUGACCCGAUCGUACCGCGGACUCCCGGACUAUUUGUCUCCACUGACAGCUACUACCAUAAAGGGCUGUCCUUUGAUUACAUCCCUAAUAUUUCUGAAAAUGACUUCAGUGAUAGCUCCCAGGGAUGGCUGUCAUGGAUCUGCAAUCUAAUUGUCAUCUUCCUCGUCCACAUCUGUACUUUUGUAACCUUUCCUAUAACAGGAUGGUUUGUAUUAAAAACGGUGCCAAACUACCAAAGGGUCGUGGUGUUUCGCUUGGGUCGUGUCUGUCCUCCAAAGGGCCCUGGCAUCGUCCUGGUGCUGCCCCUUAUUGACCAGUGGCAGAGGGUAGACCUGCGUACCCGUGCUUUCAAUAUCCCUCCAUGCCAGGUACAUACCAGGGAUGGUGGCCUCUUCUUUGUGGGAGCAGACAUUCAGUUCAGGAUUUGGAACCCGGUCUUGUCUGUGGUGUCAGUACAGGACCUUAACGCUUCAACCAGGAUGACGGCACACAACGCUUUAACUCACAGCCUGGAGAAGAAGACCGUCAGAGAGAUCCAAACAGAAAGAGUGAAACUGGGAGAAUAUCUUGGGGUGGACAUAAAUGAAAUGACUCGGCCCUGGGGGCUAGAGAUUGACAGGGUGGAACUCACUCCAGGUUCUCUUCUCAAAGCCCCUGAGGAAGGACCCCCAGGGCCUCUUGAUGUUCCUCCCUCUGUACCUAAAGUGGAGGACCUCACAGGUACCCUUCAACAACUUGCCAUGCACUUUAUGAGCCACAGCUUCCAGCCUCAACAAGAGAGCAGUGUAACGUUUAUGGAUGAGCAGAGUGGAGACCGUCAAGCUGCGGCCACAAUAAAUUCGAUUGAAGAGCUGCUCCGUGCAGUCCAGCUUGUCCUCUCUGAAACUUUGGUGAACCAGGUCGGCGCCUGUUUCCAGUUUGAGAUCAGCUCAGGAGAGGGACAGCAUUGCACGUACUAUGUGGAUUUGAGCCAAGGUCAUGGUGCAGCUGGCGCCGGAUCCCCGUGCUUAAUGCCAGAUGUAACUCUGACUAUGUGUGAGGAGGACCUUCUGGCCAUGUUUCAGGGAAGACUGCAGCCAUUUGCUGCCUACAGCAGUGGGAGACUUCAACUUCAGGGCGAUAUUCAAACGGCUAUGAAAUUGGAAGAACUCAUAAAACUGCUUAGGCGGUAAACAUUUUAUUAUUGAGGAAAAAAAAAUGAUGGAAUGCACUGGUUUUUAUUUUAUGCACUGAUUACUUUUGCUGUAAAUGAAUUUCUACUGGACUUGUUUUGUUUUCCCCAAACUUAAAAAAUUAAAUAAAAACUUUUUAUUUUU